CCCCCCCAAUAUGUAUUAUGAUUACGGCCUUGCUUGCUAUAUGCUUUGGCUUUUAGGUAUCGUGACAGGUACUUCAUAAACAACCUUAUCAAGCACUCUAAGACCAUUUAGCUUCAUUUAAGUAUAUCAUGUCCCCGUGAUGAGUUUAUUAUUCAAUAUUUCGUUGGGGGUGUCAAAGGAUCUAACAAAUGGGAAUGCACGGGUUAGCUACUUCAUAUCAGUAGUCUCUAACCCCAAAUAUUGCUUAACAUUAUUGGAUGACACUUUCGUAAAAAAAGGUAAAGAACGUUCAAAUAUUCACUGAAGCCUACGGGAAUUGCCAGACAAAUGCCUUCAAAUCUUGCCUGACCAAUCUUUACAGCACGGCUGGUAGAACUUCCUACAUUAUGCAAAUUGUUAAUAUAGACGCAACAGACAAACACCAGGCACACUAGUGUCAGACUGGCGUGCUCUGAUAAUAACGCAUGCAAAUGAGCGCAUAGUCCAACUCAACAGCCAGUGGCGCGCGUAAUCAUGCGGGUGGUGGCAAUCUCCAGGUGAGCGCGUAUCACUCCACCUAAAUCCUCAACUUUACAUGUGGGACGGAGGGGAGGAGGACCCGGUUCACGGUUUGCCCAUCUAUGUCUUAUCGCACUCGGGGGCAGAGCACGGACAAAGGGGAAGCUGGACAAGGAGAGGACGAGGCAGCAGUGGACGGCGACAGGGAGAACGGCAACAGCCGUGCCAAGUGCGCUAUGGAGAUGACCUCCCACAACAUCAACAACGAUUCAAAAGUGGACGGUAUGAACUGCGAUGGAUUAAUCAAUCGAAACGGCGGGGACACGACGGAAAUAUCUGUCCCACUAUCCCACACAGGGAAGCGGGUGACCCCUAUUGAAGGGGACAAUCUAUACAGACUGCGAGACAGAAAGUUUUUGCUGGAGGACAAAAAGCGCCUGUGCGCGUGUGCUUUGGGCACAGCUCUGCUUGGAAUACUGCUCAUGAUUUUGCACGCGGAGCUGUGUCCAUUUGCUUAUGAGCCGGGCUCCAGCUACGCCUUUAUCAUCAACUGCUCCAUCAGUAUGUCCACAGGGUGCCUUCUGGUUCUCAUUUUAGCCUUCCACUAUAAGGACAUCAGGCUUUUCAUCAUCGAUCACAACCAAGUGGACUGGCGGAUAGCCAUGACGACCCACAGAGUGUUUGGCAUCUCCUUGGAGCUCCUCGUCUGUGCCAUCCAUCCAGUGGGCACCUACUGGGAGCUGGCCGUCCCCUUGACCCAGGACGGAGACGAGCUUGAGGCCAACUCUUCCUCCACCUCCUCCGCGUCUCUCUGUGUGUCCUCCCGCCACGGGGAGGCGCUGUUGAACACGGAGCUGUUGCUGUCUGCGCUGAUGUUCCUGCGUCUCUACCUGGUGCACAGGGCCAUCCUGCUGCACAGCAAAGUGCUCCUGAGCGCGUCCUACAGGAGCAUCGGCUCCCUCAACAACAUCAACUUCACCUUCCGCUUCGUGCUCAAGGUGCUGAUGAACAAGUAUCCUGGGCGCACGCUGCUGGUGUUUAUCCUCCUCUUCUGGCUCAUCGCUUCCUGGAUGCUCACGCUGUGUGAGAGGCAGACGCAGGCGGGGACGGGCCGCAUCGACACGGCACUGUGGCUCAUCGCAAUCACCUUCCUCACCGUCGGCUACGGCGACGUGGCACCCAACACCAGCUGUGGCAAAGUGGUGUGUCUGUUCACCGGAGUCAUGGGAGUGGCCUGCACCGCCAUGCUAGUGGCUGUCAUGACCAAGAAACUGGCUCUAAACAAAGGAGAGAAGCACGUGCACUUCUUCAUGAUGGACAUUCAGAUCUCCAAACGGAUACGCCACGCUGCGGCCAACGUGCUGAGGGAGUGCUGGCUGCUGCAUCGCACAAACCUGGCCAAGGGCGGCACCGGAGAGCACCGGAGACACCAGAGGUGUCUGCUGGAGGCCAUCAGAGCAUUUCGGCAUUUGCGUCUCAAGCAGAGAAAAUUGAGAGACUACGCCAGUGAGAUGGUUGACCUCCCCAAGAUGCAGAUGAUCAUGUGCGACCUCAGUGCCAACUGGAACAACUCGUACCGCGAGCUGGAGCAGCGAAUCAUCUCCAUGGAACAGAAGCUGGACGAGCUCACGCGCUGCUUCCAACAGACCUCCGAGCUUCUGGCACAAGUCUUGCGCCACCAACAGAACAGGUGACAUGUGGCUGUCUGGUUUCCUUAAGACUGGAGAUGGAUAUGAUAUUAUUAUAUUACAGUCGUGGUCUGUCAUGUCCAUGGGACAUUGGAGAGGAGGCCUCAUCUUCCUAAGCUGCACUUAACAUUUGGCUGCUGCUGUACCAUUUGGACGGCUGCCACAACCAUGAGACAGUCUGACCCAGUGUUGAAUGGACUGCACACUGACUUGUAUCAAGACUAGAAAACACUCGCUUUCAUUACAGUGGAGGUGUUUGUAUCAGUUACAGUGAUUAAUAUGCACAAAGCACUGCCUUAAUAACAGUCUAUAACAAUCUCAGUAGAGGACCACGAUUCCCCCCGUGGUCUGUGGAAGAGAUUUGGAGAUGCUGCUUCUCUUCAUCCACAUUCUCUUCUGGCUCUGAGAACCCCCCCCCCCCCCCCCCCCCCCCCUGUGCCUUAUUCCUGUGGAACCAGAGGCAUUACGAAGUGAGGUUUGAUGCCCUCGUAGUAUUGUCAGGCACCCUCUCCAAAAGUGGCUUUCACUCUCAACGGUUGUUAACCGCUAACUGCUUAGUAUCAACAGGAAGUGUAACCCCGAGACUCGUAUAGGCCUACCGUGGGUUUAUGACUGAAGAACUGCUUAUUUCAAUCCAUGUUGAAUUCACACACAUCCUUUAUAUGAGCACUUUUACUCAUUUUAAUUCCUCAGUGGGUUAUUAGGUUGUCCUCGAUAAGUGGUCUUCAGAUGGCCGUCAGUCUACCGCUACAUAUGAAGGUCUCUUGGACAUGUUUUUAUAUUGUUUUUAUCAGUGUUUGGCUUUUGCCUCAAAUCCAAUAUUUUGUUAUCUAAGAUUCAAGAAAAUAAUUGUUGUCUGCAUUGUGACUCUUUAUUCACUAGGAAUGCAGUAAGUUGCCUUGGACUCUGUUAUAGAGAAAACAGCACCCCCUCCUGGACAUUAAAUGGAAUCACUUAUAAAGUUUGGUCACGUCAUUGAGGUGUUAUGAGUUCCAUUGCCAUGUAUAGAAAUAGAUUAAAGUUCUCUUGCAAUCCAAUGUAGGUGUCUAUUUAAACUUUGAGGUAUACUGCUUUUGAUUGUGAGUUGGCCUCUCCAAGUUCAGAUUUUGGAUUUUCAUUUUUAUAUUGUAAAAAGGUCAUUUUAGCUGAGUCAUUUCCAUACUCCUAAAUGAAAAGCAAUUUUUACUUGUGUUAUACCAAUUGCGCUACAUACACUUCUCAUUGGUCCCCCACAAUUCCCUUUUAAGCAGACACAAUGGUUGUGCUGCAACUAUGUUAACAGUAUUCCUUAACUGAGCAUCUUGUGAAAGGAAAAUGUCCAAAGUUGCAUUAAAACUGGAUUUCUGUUCCUUCCAUGUAUAAUUUAAACUGUUAGUUUUAGAAAAUAUCUGCAGUUGGUCAAUUAAGUGAUACAGGUCACAUUGUGAAAUCAGAUUUAAAAUGGAAUUUCAGAUUGACGUUUACAGCACAUUUGCACAA